AUGGCUGUCGAUCUUUCGAGCUUUGAUCCGAAUAGUGUAGGAUUAAAAUCAAACAAUAUAUUUGGACUGCCUUUUAAAGAGGACGAAGCAGCCCUGGUGCUGCUGCCCGUGCCCUGGGAAGUGACCGUCUCUUACCGCCAGGGAACCGCCCGUGGUCCUGAACACAUUUUUGAUGCUUCUAUGCAGAUAGAUCUGUACGACCCGGAUGUGGCGGAUGGCUGGAAGAAAGGGUUUUACAUGCUGCCGGUAGACCGUAAUAUCCGCAAAAAAAGCGACUAUUUACGCCAAUGUGCCGAACUGAUCAUCUCCCAUUUGGUCGAUGGCGGUCGUGUAGAGGAUAAUGAGCAGCUCAGCGAAAAACUGGAUGAGGUGAACAAUGGCGGUCUUUUACUCUAUAACUGGGUGAAGGAAAUGACCGGCCGCCUGCUCAAAGAAGGUAAAAAAGUAGGGCUUAUUGGUGGGGACCACAGCACGCCGCUUGGUUUUAUCAGCGCACUGAGCGAAGUGCAUAAAGAGUUUGCCGUAUUACAGAUAGAUGCCCACGCGGAUCUCCGCGAAGCCUAUGAGGGUUUUACCUAUUCGCAUGCCUCCAUCAUGUACAAUGUGCUGAAGCAGAUACCGGCCGUUAAGAAAUUGGUACAAGUAGGCAUCCGUGAUUAUUGCGACGAGGAGCUGGACAUGAUCGCAGGCAGCGGCAAGCGCGUGGUUACCUUCUUUGAUAAAGAUAUUAAGGAGCAGCAGUAUGAAGGCCGUACCUGGAAGCAGAUCUGUGAUGAUAUUAUUGCUGAGCUGCCCCAGAAAGUUUAUAUCUCUUUCGAUAUAGACGGGCUUGAUCCGAAGCUUUGUCCGGGUACCGGCACACCGGUUCCCGGUGGUUUUGAGCUGGAGCAGAUUUUUUACCUGUUCAAGCAGGUGAAAGCCAGCGGCCGUGAGCUGAUCGGCUUUGACCUGAAUGAAGUAUCGGCGGGGGAAAGCAGUGGUAGCAUUGAUGCGAUUGUGGGCGCGCGGGCGCUUUAUAAGCUGUGUAAUUUUAUGGUGGGGUAA